CCCGUCGAUCCAGCAUUACAAAAUCAACGCCAAUGUUUGCCGAAGCUGAAUAACGCGAAUACGCGCUCUUGCCAAGAUGGUCUUCAUAAUGGGCGUCAAUUUCGGCGAGGGCCGUCUUGUGAAGAAAGCCCUAGAGUCCUUCUACAACCUCGGGCCUACUUCUUCCUCCCGCAUCAUGGCUAAAUUUUCGAUACACAAGCUUGCCAAAUGUGGAUCACUGAAUCCGCGGACGGUCACAUCUCUCACGGCUGAACUAUCGCAAAUGACCAUCGAUAACGACGCACGAAAGCUCAUGAACGACAACAUUCAAAGGUUACGCGAUAUCGGUUCCUACAGAGGCAGGCGACACGCCAUGGGAUACCCGGUUCGUGGUCAGAAAACUCAGACUCAAACGUCAACAGCAUCGAAACUCAACAGACUUCCACGGAGGGUCUGACAGGACGCUUGUGGCUGCCGACCGAUGAUGUACUAGUACGAGAGAAGGUGUUCCCGCAUCACACACUAUAUAUAAUUCCAUACAUACAACCUUUGAGGCAACUUGCAAUCAAAAGA